UCGUCGGAUUAGGAAUGCUGGAUGGGUCCAUAGCCGGCGGUAUAUUCGCUUCCCCACCAACCGGCAACGUUUUGUAUACCAUCGCAUAUCUUGCCCAGUAUAAUAAAGGAGGUUGCCUCGUCUUGAUCGGGAACUACACUGGGGACAGACUGAACUUCGGAAAGGCCAUCGAAAAGGCUAAACUGGCUGGAAUCAAGGCAGAAGGAGUGAUAUUAGGUGAAGAUGUCGCAUCCAGUCACAACAAGACUGGAGGUCGGGGCAUGUUGUCCGAAGUCUUCUUAUUCAAGAUGUGUGGCGCUAUGGCCGCCCAAGGUGCCGACCUGACAUCAAUGAGGGACACGGCGGCCGAGGCUGUCAAGUACAUGGGCACUCUUGGAGUCUGCAUCAGCCCCUGUUCUUUGCCGGGUCAGCCACCUUUGUUCGAAAUCGCACACGGCGAGAUGGAAUUAGGGGCUGGCGUGCACGGAGAAGCGGGUAUUUCCAAAGAGAAAAUCGGCACCGCCAAGGAGGUGGUCGGAUUGAUCCUUGAAAAGAUUGUAGAUUACUUGAAACUGGUGCCUGGAAAUAGAGUGGUAGCCAUGAUCAACAAUUUGGGGGGAACUUCUAUUCUGGAGAUGAACAUCAUUAGCAAGGAAAUAAAGGAUUAUCUAGACAGCAAGAAAAUCAAAUUAGAACGUAUAUACUCUGGGCACAUGAAGUCUUCGCUAGAAAUGCACGGCUUCCAAAUCUGUUUGCUACACCUCCCUAAGGAUAAAGGGGACGUGUGGUUGGGGUAUUUGGACGCCCCCACGAAUGCCCCCGCCUGGCCGGGGGGCGAGGCUUCCGUGGAAAACGGGGGCAGUGGCACUGAUGUCAUUUUGAGUCAAAAACUGUUAACGGACGAGAGGAUGAAAGCGUCAGGAGGGCCGUCCCUCUCUGCCAAAGGACAGGACAUCCUUCGGACCUGCCUGACGACAGCUGCACGGGAGUUGAAAAAGAACGAGGCGCUGUUAAACAGGCUCGACUCCGGCUGCGGCGACGGGGACUGCGGGAACACCCUCAAGAAGUUUGCACAAGCCGUUUUAACGUAUGUGGAAGAAGCACCCAUGGCUGAGCCCGCCAGCGUGCUGUGGGACUUAUCGGAGGCGGCCGAGAGAGACAUGGGCGGCACGUCGGGCGGCAUCUACAGCUUGGGACUGGCUGCUGCUUCACAGGCUCUGUCCACCGCCAAAUCAAACGACUUGGCAUCAUGGGUCACCGCAUGGGAGAGCGCCAUGGCGGCCAUGACCAAGUACGGAGGCGCCGAGCCCGGAGACAGGACGAUGUUGGACACCUUACACUACGCUGCGCAAGCGCUCAAACAGAACAUAAAGGGUGAUCUGAAGACUGCGCUGCUUUCGGCUAGUGUAGCGGCUGAUAAUGGCGCUAAGGCCACCGCUGCGAUGACCGCCAGGGCGGGCCGCGCCUCGUAUGUGUCUAGCGAGUACACGCGCGACGAAGACGCGGGCGCGCGCGCAGCGGCCGUGUGGCUUCAAGCGAUAUUCGACACUAUCGCCAAAGGCAUAUAGCGCAUUUUACUACACCCACGGCACUCGACCAAGAACAUAUAGACCGAUGGUCUGUAGACUGUAACAUGACUAGCUUUUGUUCUCGUGGAAUGAGGGCUAUCGUUUUUAUACUUAACAGUUGGCACCCCUGGCGAUUGACAGGACCUUACUCUACAGUGGCGCCAUCUUGAUGAGUGCUAAUGCGAUAGUCCUCCUACCAUUUUAGCGCUCACCAGUUGGUGCCACUGUCUUCGCUACUAGCAAGUGACAGGACCUUACUCUACAGUGGCGCUAACUGGUGAGCGCUAAAACGAUAGCCCUCAUUGGGAGACUAGUCACAGAAAAUAUUUAUCACGGAUGUAUAAAAAAGACUAUUCUAAAUACUCAAUAUUUCAUGCAUAACGCGUAAAUGUUAAAUUUUGUGUCUCCAACUUGUGAUUAUGAUGGAUUACUAAUUUACCCUUUUUAUCGUCGUAGGGCCAGCUAAUAGUUAAAAACAUAAAGACUCUAUGAUUUAACAUGCAACUCAGAGAUAAUAAUUUAAUCGGCGAAAUGUGUGCAAUUAAUUUUGAAUUCAAUUAAAAUCAAUGAUAUUAGAAUUUUUGUUCUGCCUUAUGCUAACGUUAAUAUUUCGUUUUAUUAAAGCAUUUAUAAAAUACUAGCUGACCCGGCGAACUUUGUUCCGCCUUAAUGGCAAUAAAUAAGCAGACUUUUUUUUUUUUCGAACGGGAUAAAAAGUAUCCUAUGUCCUUCUCCUGGCUCUAAACUACCUCCCUGACAAUUUUCAGCUAAAUCGGUUCAGCCGUUCUUUAGUUAUAAGUGGUGUAACUAACACGACUUUCUUUUAUAUAUA